GUAUUUAUUCCCACGCGCCGCACGUUGACUGGAGGCGGUUCCGCUGUGAUGAUGUUGGACGUGGGCAGCUGCGGAAGUCUGGACAUGUGACUCAUCGCAGAGGAAGCAGGCAAAACGAACCGAGUCAGAGUCCUGGACCUGCAGCACCAUGCUCGGGCUGUGUCAGUACGAAACCAACAAGCUGGUCCGGAUCCAGAGCGUCCGGCUCGGUUCCCUGAAGUGGAGCCUGAACGCGGCCAUCCUGCUCGUCAUCUGCGUCCUGAUGCUGUGGAACAGGAAGUACCAGCAGUUUGACCUGGUGGUGAGCUCCGUCACCAUGAAGGUGAAAGGCGUGACUCAGGCGCACCUGCCCGGCGUCGGGGACGUGGUCUGGGACGUGGCCGACUACAGCGGGCCCCAGCAGGACAAGAACUCCUUCUUCGUGGUGACUAAUGUCAUUGUGACAAAGAACCAGAAGCAGGAAAAGUGUCCAGAGGUUCCCAACAAGGACAAACUGUGCCGGACGGAUCAGGACUGUCGGAAAGGCGCUUGGAACGAGCAGAGCCACGGGAUUCAGACGGGGUCAUGUGUGAAGUUUGAUGUGUUGAGGAAAACCUGCGAGGUUUCCGCCUGGUGUCCGGUAGAAACCAGGAAACAUCCUCCAAGACCUGCUGUUCUCGCAGCAGCUGAGAACUUCACCGUCCUCAUCAAGAACAACAUCCGGUUCCCAGCAUUCAACUUCUUCCGGAGGAACAUCCUCCCCGACAUGAACAGCACCUACCUGAGGACGUGUCACAGAGGAAGCGACUCGCUGUGUCCCAUCUUCCGACUUGGAGACGUGGUCCGGGAGGCGGGGGAGAACUUCUCUGACAUGGCGGUGGAGGGCGGCGUCAUGGGCGUUCUGAUCAGCUGGGACUGUGACCUGGACCUGCUCACGCACCGCUGCCUGCCCAGGUACUCCUUCAGGCGCCUGGACGAGAAGGAGAACAACCGCACGCUCUACCCCGGCCUCAACUUCAGGUCAGACGGGGCCCCGGGUCAAAGAUAUGCAAAGUACAACGUGGUGAACGGAGCAGAGGAGCGAACGCUCUACAAAGCGUUUGGCAUCAGGUUUGACGUCAUGGUGUUCGGCCAGGCGGGGAAGUUCAGCUUCAUUCAGCUCAUCAUCUACAUCGGAUCCACUCUGUCCUACUACGCUGUGACCACCGUCCUCAUCGACUGGCUCAUCGGAACCAGGUGCUACUCUGCCGAGGUGGGACCCAACUACUGGCAGAGGAAGGUGGAGGCUGUCCAGGAUGGGCUCCAGUGCGUCCUCUGUGUUUCCUACGUGGACGAGAGCGACGUCCGACUGGUGAAGGCGUCGCACAAGAAGAGUUUACAGCUUCUCAAACCCAUCUCUCUCCUUCCACGUCAGCAGGACACAGGACACCUGACGGCUGCUCUCUCUUGGCUCCAGCCGACAGUGGACCGUGACACAGAGCCGAAGGCGGGUCCGGGUCCAGAGGCGGGUCGGGUGACGGGGUCAGGUCCGGGUCCGGAGGUGGGUCCGGGUCCAGAGGCGAGUUCGGGUCCAGAGGCGGGUCGGGAGGCGGGGUCAGGUCCGGGUCCGGAGGCGGGGCCGGGGCCGGAGCUCCUCCCCUCCGCUCCGGCCUGGUGUCGGUGCGGCCGCUGCUCCCCCUGCGUCCUCCCACAGGAGGAGCUGUGCUGCAGGCGGAGCGCCGGCGCCUGCUUGACCUCCUCGGCGCCGUUUGAGCAGCUGGUGCUGCGUCGCUCCCUGCUCGCGGCCGUCCUGCUGUACCAGGACCCGCUCUCCUCCCCCGCCGGUCCAGGACAAGCUGCCGCCCUGCGUCACUGCGCCUACAGGCAGUACGUCAGCUGGAGGGUUGGGCUCCCGCCCAAAGACGCCCACCCUGUGGUCCCCAGCUGCUGCGUGAGGAGAAUCAGGGAGCGGUACCCGAGUCCGGACGGGCAGUACAGCGGCUUCAUGCCCGUCAGGACGGUGACCAUGAAGGCCUGUGCUAAUGAGAAGGCGUGAGAGAUGCCUUCACUGACCCAGCUGACCAUUACCAGGAGGAACAACCUGAACCAACGGACCGGAACCAACACCAGUCAGUUUACUGAUCUCAAAGGAGAAAUGAAACAACAGAGUCAAUAAAAAAAACAUUUCCACACGG